AUGGCAGCUAGUCGACGACUCGCCCCUCUUCGCCCAUCCAUCCGCCUCUCCCCCGCUCAUUCCCGAGACAACUCUCGAUCUACCUCCCCGGAACGAACCCCUGGGUCGCUGUACCCCAAGAUCGAUCCUCUGCUCAGCAACCUAUCCCCCGAAUCGACCUUACACGCCCUCACCUCCACCGAAGCCGUACCAGCCAAUGGAGAAUUCUCACACCUCCUGUCACAGAGUAUCUCACAAGUCUCUCCUGCCGAACGCGCUCUAGGAAUCCGUGCUGCCAUCGCGGCCCGAAACCUUAAUCUGUGGCACAAGGAGGUCCAGUCGUGGGCAUGGCCAAAGGUGAAUGAGGCGGCCGCAGGAAAGGGUUUUAUCCCUCCUGUUUCAUCCCUAGAAGAUUCGAGCUCUCCCUCAACCUCUGGUGGCAUCACUUACUAUGGGAGCUUGCCAGCCGAGGUUGUGGAGGAGUAUGAAAAGAGGAUUGAAGAGAUCCGGGAUGGAAUGGAUAACCUGGAUGUGGACGAAUUAAAGGAACACGUUCUCAAUGCCCACAUUCCAUCUCGCUCUCGCCCUUCUUCCUCCACCAGCACCGUGUCCGUGCCCCCUCCACUCAGCUAUGUACAACUUAGUGAUUUUACAGCUAUCGUUACCGCCACAAUCCUACGUGCUCUGCCCUAUCUGGCACGAUUGAACCACCUAUUGAAUAUCUGGGAGGUUCGCCUUCUAGUUUUGCGUCACAUUCCAGGUCUACUGAGAGAGUUGCGGUCAACUCGGUCCGCUUUAGUUGCCUCCAGCCAUGUCAUUCAGUCGUCAAAUACCUGCGAAGACGUCCAAACUCGAUUCUCGAGCUCUCAUCUGCGAGAUCAACAUGUCCAACUUGAGUCAGCGGUUAUUGCGGUAGGGAAACGAGUGGAUCGCGCCCUCGAUGCUUUGGAAGAUCGAAAUGAUUCCUUGCCCGAACAAUGGAUUGAUGACUUAGAGAGUAUCGAGGCAGACUUUGCUGCGUGGGUGGUCGAGACGGAGAGAUAUAAGCUCCGCACGGAAUGGCUACGCGCGAAGCCACCGCCCGUGGUAGCUGACCUGUGCCAGAAAUCAGAAUCCUCGCCCGAAGAGGUCUUGGAGAAGGAAAUCGACAUCCAAACAGCCAGCACCGUUGUUGGAUCCCAUCCUGCCGAGCAACCCACUCUAACGGAGACCACCAGAGAAGAGCCUCGGCCUGAAUCCCAAGUCCCGUCCUCUACAGAAUUGGCAGUCCAGGAACAUCCCGAUCAAAAUUCAGCAUCAUCAGCAGACAACCGUUUGAUGCUAUUGACUUCAGUUCCCGAUCGUUCAUCAAGUCUCGCUGCCCCUCGAUCAACCAUCCGUGAUGAUACCAACGAGAAGGCUGGAAGACACGCACACGUUGCCUUUGCAGAAGACCUUCAAACCCCGACGCAGUUGACGUUUUCCCAAAGCCUGUCACUUCCAACCGCACACGUUCAGUCACCGUCACGGAUUCCAUUACCCGUGACAACUACCGUGGAGAAUAAAGAAAAUAUUCCACCGCAAGAUUUUGUGCCUCAGCAAUCAUUGUCUGUUCGAGAACCGGGCAGCAAACCCAUUGUUCUCGGCGAGCACAAAGAUGACGAUAUAUUCGGCCAGAAGACUUCUCCUGAUGUGCUUGAGAGCAAGGAAGAAAAGAGCACUACCGGUUCUUCUCUUGUAUCCCCAACGCUGGAAGGUCUUCCAGCCAGCGAGGGGCUUCUUAAUGAAGAAGCCUCGGAGCUUGAGAAAGAAGCGUUUGACAAAGACGCCAACGAAAACCUGACAACCAGCAAGGACGAGUCAAACACUGUGAUCGUUGCCGCAGAGAAUCCACCACCGGUAGAAAAGAUCCCUGAAUCUGCUGUUGAAGAUGAAUCGGCAACCACGAAGGCUCCGGCCACGCCGGCCAACGCCCAGGGCUCCAGUGGUGUUCCACCGAGAGAAUCAUCAGCAAAGUCCACACCAAAGCAAUCUGGAAAUAUGAAGUCUCAUAUCCCCAGGCCACUACCUGCUCAGGUCACAGCAUACGCAGCACCAAACAAAGAACAUGUUCGAGAACAGCAGGCUCCUUCCAAGAAGAAGCCAUUGCAGAGCCCCAUCAAGCUAUCGAAGGUCCGUCAAGGGAAGCUCAACCUAGAUCAGGGCUCUCCCAAAGGUCGUGCUCGUCGCCCGUCGACAGGGUCUGUGGGCUCUUUCAUGACAGACAGCUCUCUUGCUAGUCCUCAUGCAACCGAGCCCCGUACUGGUUCAUCAAAUGGAGACCGGCUUCACGGAUUUCCCAAGUCUGUCUCUCCUCGUGGUGACUAUUUGCUGCGAGCAGACCGUCUGCGCAGGUUAGAAAACUCGAAGAUGUCUGCUCAUUCCUCCUUCCAACCAAGCCGCUCUGUGAGCUUGCCUCUUCAACGGUUCAUCAAUGAGAAGUUGGAUCUCGAUCUGAGUACCGAGUCGGUGCCCGAGAUUCCUGAACGCCUCAAGUCAAAGACCCCAGCUGUUGCUAAUAUUCCGGAUGUUGCUUCCACGCCUACUCAAGUUCAGAAUGCUCCUAAGCGCCGCCAUGUUCUUGUUCGUGGAAAGUCUGUAUCAGACUUGAAAAGUGCCGACAGUUCGUCAAACCCUCCAGACCGCAGCCUACCCGCUUUUGGUGGAAACACGGCCCGUAGAGCCAUGCAGCAUCAAGACCAACCAAAAUCUGCUCGCUUGCGACAACGCUUGACCGCCCAUCCUAGCUUGGAAAGCCUUGGGGUCAAGAAGCAAGAACUCUCUUACGUGGAAGAGGACGAAUCGGAACUCAUCGAUAGUGGUUCCCGUUCAUCAUCUCCAAAUAGGCUGUCUAGGAAGCCUCGAGACCACCUUGAUGAGAAGAUCAAUUCUAUUCUCAGCACACUUCCAGGCCGUAUCCAUCUCGUCGACCCCAGCAACGAGGCGGAUACUUCAUCAUCUUCAUCGUCCAUGGAUCGAAAGAUGCGAGAAAGAUACCUCUCCGAAUCACCACACGGCCCACCUUCCCGAAGCUUAACUCCUGCUCCCUCUUUGACCCUCAUGCCUGCUGCCCGAAGGCGCUUGUCGCAUGCGCACAAGACGGAGGAUAGCUAUGUCAAGCUUUACCAUCUACACCAUGGCGGCCAAACAGCGCCCACCAAGCUCUUCGUGCGUACCGUCGGUGAAGACGGCCAACGAGUCAUGGUCCGAGUCGGCGGUGGCUGGGCCGAUCUUGGCGAAUACCUCCGCGAAUACGUCGUACACCACGGCCGUCGUAAGGUCUCCGAAACCCCUCGAGUCGAGGUGCAAGGUCUAGCAACUCGCUCGUCCCCCGGCUACCCAUCCCCUGCCAAUCUUAUUCCCCCCACCGUCCCCCCCUUCAACUCUGGUCGUGUCACCCCCUCUCGACCCCCCUCCGUCAUCGGCACCCGUCCCCCAUCCUCCCUGGCAGUCCGGAAACCCCGCCGCGACUCCAUUGCAUCGGAAGUCGUGUCUAACCGGUCCGUGACGACCGGCACCCUAAGCGCCUUCACCUCGCCCCCAUCCGCAGGCCCCACCGCUCGUCGUCUUUCCAUGUCCUCCAGCUACUCCUUCGGGGAUGUCCAAUCUCCCGCUCACCUCAAUGUCCCAUCCCAUGACAACUCAACGCCCCUCGGUCUCGCCGGCCCCAAACCCCGCUCCCGACAGAUCUCCAUGAGCCCCGAGGGCGAGGCUUGGGUUGAGAAUGUCCUCAAGAAAACCCGCCGAUCUACCACCUCCUUCAUCCCUACUCCCUUCGAUCCGAACCGUUCUCCUGAAAAUGACGAUCUCGAAAAUGACCUCCCCGAUCUCAACCACCACACCGGUCGCUCUUUGCCCAAGGUGCGAAGCAUUGGCGAUAUCAGUCUCGUUGGCACGGGUAGACGAGUCGUGCUCAGGGGAUUGGGCAAUCACAGAUAA